CCCGUGGGCACCGCGGUCUCCUCCAGCUGCACUGCCCGGACCACAGGGACGGGACGCCAUGACCCCCAGCCUCACGGCCCUGCUCUGCCUCGGUGAGUCUUGUGACCCAGCCUCUGGUGGGACCCUCCCCAAACCCACCAUCUGGGCUGAGCCAGGCGCUGUGAUCCCCUGGGGGAGCCCCGUGACCAUCUGGUGUCAGGGGACCCCGGGGGCCUGGGAGUUCCGUCUGCAUAAAGAGGGAAGCUCAGCUCGCAGGGACACACAGAGCCCACUGGAGCCCGGGGACAAGGGCAAGUUCUCCAUCCCACACAUGACACAGUCUGACGCAGGGAGAUAUCACUGUUACUAUCUCAGCCGCAGUGUCUGGUCAGGGCGUAGUGACCCCCUGGAGCUGGUGGUGACAGGGGCCCACAGCAAACCCACGCUCUCAGCCCUGCCGAGCCCUGUGGUGACCUCGGGAGGGAACGUGACCCUCCAGUGUGGCUCACGGCAGGGCUGGGACGGGUUCAUUCUGACUAAGGAAGGAGAACACAAGUCCUCCGGGAUCCUGGAGGCACAGCUACGCCUCUAUGGGCAGACCUGGGCCCUGUUCUCCGUGGGGCCCGUGACCCCCAGUCACAGGUGGAUGUUCAGAUGCCACGGCUUCAACAGGGACACCCCCCAGGUGUGGUCGGCCCCCAGUGACCCCCUGGAGCUCCUGGUCCCAGGUGUGUCUGGGAAGCCCUCCCUCCUGACCCCGCAGGGCCCUGUCGUGGCCUUUGGACAGAGCCUGACCCUCCAGUGUCGCUCAGACGUCGGCUAUGACAGAUUCGCUCUGUCCCAGGAGGGGGGACAGGCCCUCCGCCAGCGCCCUGGCCGGCAGCCCCCGGCUGGGCUCUCUCAGGCCGACUUCCCCCUGGGCCCAGUGACCUCCACCCACGGGGGCCGGUACACGUGCUACGGUGGACACAACCUCUCCUCCGAGUGGUCGGCCCCCAGUAACCCCCUGGACAUCCUGGUGGCAGGAUGGUUCCCUGGCACGCCCUCCCUCUCGGUGCAGCCGGGCCCUGUGGUGCCCUCAGGAGAGAACGUGACCCUACUGUGUCAGUCAGGGAGCAAAACGGAAACUUUCCUUCUGUCCAAGGAGGGGGCAGCCCGUCCCCCACUGCGUCUUAGAUCUAAGUCCCGAGGUCAGCAUUACCAGGCCGAAUUCUCCCUGAGUCCCGUGACCUCAGCCCACAAUGGGACCUACAGGUGCUACAGCUCACUCAGCAGUGACCCCUACCUGCUGUCACACGCCAGUGCCCCCCUGGAGCUCGCGGUCUCAGCAGCUGACACCGUCCACCCACCACAAAACAAGUGGGAAUCCCUGGCCUCACACCCCCGAGACUACACAGUGGAGAAUGUCACCCGGAUGGGCGUGGCCGGCUUGAUCCUUCUGGGCCUCGGGAUUCUGCUCUUUCAGGCUCAACACGGCCCAGGAGGGACCCAAGAUGCAGCCACGAGCUGA